AUGAAUUCGGACGAUGAAGAUUUGGAUUGUCCUCUUUGCAUGGAGGAAUUCGAUAUUGCCGAUCGUAACUUCCGUCCUUGUCCCUGUGGCUAUCAGAUCUGUCGCUUUUGUUGGCAUCACAUCAAAACCAACCUGAAUGGUCGUUGCCCUGCUUGCAGACGUACAUAUACGGACCAGAUUGCUGAGUUCAUUCCCGUCAGUGCAGAAGAAAUUUUGAGAAGUAAAAGGGAGAAGAAGGAAAGAGAACGUCAAAAUCGAGAGAUGAAGGAUCCUACCCGUCGUCAACUGUCCAAUGUACGAGUGGUGCAAAAGAAUCUUGUUUAUGUGCUCGGUCUUCCUUCAAAGUAUGCCAGUGCCGAGCACGAAUUCUUCAAAAAGUAUGGCAAAGUUCUCAAGCUGGUCAUGAGCAAGCGUACCACGGCUCCUUCAACCAAUCAUCCUAACGCUACCACCUCCGUGGGUAUUUAUGUCACAUACGCUCGAAAAGAAGACGCUGCCAAAGCGAUUGCAGGGAUUAACGGUGCUGUUUGCGGUGGGAGAGUCCUUAGAGCUUCUUAUGGUACAACCAAGUAUUGUACCUACUACUUGCGGCAUAUGGCGUGCCCCAACCCUAACUGUAUGUAUCUGCAUGAACCCGGUGACGAUGUAGACAGUUAUAAUAAGGAGAAUCCAACCCUUGAGUAA